CGUCUCAUUGAAGGAGCGGAGCCCAAGAGGAGCGAAACAUGGCGACCUCGAAUAAUCCGCGAAAAUUCAGUGAAAAGAUCGCGUUACACAACCAGAAGCAAGCGGAAGAGACAGCUGCGUUCGAGGAGGUGAUGAAAGACCUGAGCAUUACUCGCGCGGCGCGUUUACAAUUACAGAAGACUCAGUAUUUACAGCUCGGUCAGAACCGAGGACAGUACUACGGCGGCUCUUUGCCAAAUGUCAACCAGAUUGGAAACACCACCAUUGACCUCCCCUUUCAGACUCCUUUUCAGAAUUCGGGAUUGGACACAAGCAGAACAACUCGUCACCAUGGGCUGGUGGACAGGGUCUACCGGGACAGGACUCGCAUAACAUCGCCUCACCGCAGACCUCUCUCUGUGGACAAACAUGGCCGUCAAAUUGAUAGCUGUCCGUAUGCCUCUGUGUAUCUGUCACCCCCACCUGAUACCAGCUGGAGGAGGACCAACUCAGACUCUGCCCUGCAUCAGAGCACUUUGAACCCAAACCCACAAGAUGCAUUUGCAGGAGGGUCCCAAGAUUUGCAGCCAAAACAAGUUCUUCUUCUCACUAUGCCUGGAACAGGGGAACCUGAAAGUGACAUGGACAAAGAAGGUCAAAAGCAGAUAUGGCAUCACAAAAAGACUACUUCAACAAGGCCCAAGUCAAACAAAAUACCUGGAAUCAACAUAUUUCCAUCUCCAGAUCAGGAGAUUAUUGCAUCUCUAAUCCCAGCGGCACACAACACGGGCGGAUCUCUGCCAGACCUGACCAACAUCCAGAUUCCCCCUCCUCUCACCACACCCCUGGACCCUGAUGACUCCUCUUCCUCUCUCAGUGCCUCCAACAGCACUGGCAACCUGGCCAACAGUCACAUGGGCCUCACGUCUGCCAGCCAAGGUGUGACAUCAGCCCAGCCCACAGCGACAGUGAGUGUUCAGCGCCGCCAUGAGAAUGUAGUUCCUCUGAUCCUCAACACAGAUUCCCAGCAGCACCCGAGUCUUCAUCAGCUGUCGCCCACACUCUCUCCUCCGCUCUCUCUCGCACAGGCGGUGGCAAUAGAUGCCAUGACGCUGGAGCAGCAGUUGGCUCAGUAUGCGUUCUUCAGUCAGCCGUCCACACAGACACAGGGGGCCGGUGGGCUUCCCCAGCUCCAGCAGAACACCCAGCUGCCAUCUGUCUCCGGAAGUCAGACACAAACCUCUGUGGGCAAUGAUAUUAACACGGCUGCUUCCCUCCAGCAGUACCGCUGUAGGGUGGGGUCUUCGGCCAAUCAGUCUCCAACCUCUCCGGUCUCCAAUCAAGGCUUCUCUCCGGGGGGCUCGCCUCAACACUCAUCCAUUCUCGGAAGUGUCUUUGCUGAUGCCUUUUACGACCAACAGCUGUCCCCUCUGCAAACCAACGCUUUGUCUCAGCAGCUGGAGCAGUUUAACAUGAUUGAGAAUCCCAUCAGCUCAAACAGUCUGUACACUGAGGGAUCCACUCUAAACUACUCUCAAGCUGCGAUGCUAAACCUCAGCGGGAGCCACGGCAGCCUGCAGGACUCGCAGCAGCUAGGCUACAGCAGCCAUGGGAACAUCCCCAACAUCAUUCUCACAGUUGCAGGAGAGUCUCCCCUGAGCCUAUACAAAGAGUUGUGCAACUCUCUGACAGGUGACGUGAGCUUUGACGCAGAUUCCCAGUUCCCUCUGGAUGAUCUGAAAAUCGAUCCGCUGACACUGGACGGCCUGCACAUGCUCAACGAUCCAGACAUGGUUCUGGCCGACCCAGCAACAGAAGAUGCUUUCCGGAUGGACAGACUGUAAAUCUUUAGGUAUGCCAUGUUCAUUUGUCCUUCUUUGAGAUGGGUGUUUAAAUGGGAGGGAAGCAGCAUGUUUCGGGGACACUUUCCCCCUUUUUCUCGAAGCCCAUCCUCUGGGAAGAGAUUGCUGAGAAUGCUGCCGCAGCAUACUAGGGGAGAAUGGGAAAGCAGUGCUGCCACAUGUAACGAAUCAAGCUUUUGAGAAAGCAGCCCAUCGUUUCUUAGGAUUAUACACUCGCACCUCAGCAAUUGUGGUUCCUUUAGCUCUAUAGAGAGAAUGUGACACUACAUAAAUUCCCUCUUAAAAUUCAAACAUGCGUUCUUCCAUUUCAUUUCUUCCUCCUGAUGCCUGCCAUAAAUGCCUGUUACUUUCCUUUUUCUUUAAGUACAAAUGUUUAGUUAUGCACUUUUAUACAUGCAUAUGCCACCAAAAACAUAGUUUAUGAUCCGUUUUGAAUUUAUUUUCCUAUACAAAUGUUUCUUGCUUGAAAAAACAUGAAUGGUUCAAAAGGAGUGUUAAUCCUCCCCAUUUUAAGGGCAGCUUUCAUGCACCUGCAACACGUCAACAACACUAAUGUACUUCAGUGCAGUCUGAACAUAUGAUUGUAAUGUUUUAUAGAUGUCUAGCUUUGUCACGUCGUUUUAGAUAGUGGUACAGUGCUAUUGUGUGCUCAAGAUGAUCAAAUUCAUCUGGCUGAAAAGUGUGCAACUGGGAAUCUUAAUAUCAAAAGACACAUUUACACGUUUAAUGGGAUAAGUUCUGUCAUCAUUUGCUCACCCUUGUAUGCCUUUUAUUUGUGGAGGAAAAUAUUUUUGUCCAUACAUUAAAAGACUUUCAUUGUUUUGUCACACACACAAAAAAGAAACUCGUACAGGUUUGGAAUGAAGAGAGAGAGUAAAUGAUGACAUUACUUUUCAUUUUUGAGUGAACUGUCCCUUUAAGAUGUGCAGUAUAUGCACAUAAACAAUGUAAAAGGAAGUGGCUAGUGAACAAUUUGUUAUGAAUUUAGGAAACCUUUUCAUGCCAGUAAUAUGGUGUUUUAAAUCAACAGACUUAUAUAAUAAAUGUACAGUAUGUAGUGUUACAGUUCGGCCUAAAAUCUCGGCCAUGGUAAAGGGUACAGUCAAAAUGAUGCUACAAACUUUACUCUGAAAGAAACAUUAUCUGACAGUAUGCGAUCAUGAUGAUCGUUUGCAUAUACGUAUGUAUGUAUCAGAACUAUUCACUGUGAUAACCAGAUUCUGCCUUACACUGAAGAUGCAGUUUUUUGUCCGUUUUGUUCUCCGUAGCUGAAGGUGUUUUCUGGUACUGUAACUCACGAGGUUGUCCUGGCACACAGUUCUCUUUCAUCUACUGGUGGCUUUGUGAUAUCAUAUGCCCAAAUGGAGAGGUUUACUGCUCUUUUUAAAUCCUGUCACUUUCAUCUUUUUCUCAUGUUUCUCAGACUUUUAUACUCUUACCACAUUUGUAAGUGUGAGAAUUUUGUUUACAAUUUGAAAACAUUAAUAUGAUCUUAAUGUUUAAAUUAUUGAAAUGCUAUAUAAGUUUAUGUAAAAUUUCUCUACCUACAAGGGGAUAAUCUGAUUUGGAUUAAUAUCUAUGCAAAGCAUAAUCACAUACUAAAUCACAAAAAUACUAAAGAAAAGGCUCAAACAGACAUACAGCUUUUAAAGCAUCUGUGGGUUCUGAGUCUGUGCAGCUGAAAUUUACUUGUUACAUGGAUUGCUUUGUCUGUUGUCCGCAUAAAGGAAAAAAAAACGAAGCAGUUAAUGCAUGAAAACCAUUUUUAUUCUCCGUAAGGGAUUGUUCUUGAAAGGGAUCUGAUUACACCGUGUAAAUUUCCUGUAUAAAAAAAGCAUGAUCUACAUGUGCUUUGUCUCUGACAAUGAGGAUCAUGAUUCAUGUGUUCAAAAUGUAAAAUAAUUGACGGGAAGGAUGUGUCAGGUAAUCAGUUACUGUUAUAUUCUUUUACUUGACUGCUUCAUUGAAAAGAACAGCAUUGCUGAAACCAGAAUGUAUUUCAUCAUUUUUAUGUUGGACCAAACAUAUUACUGAAACUAGCAUUAUUUUUGUUACUGUGGCAUUUGUGUACCUUUCCACAUGUUUAAUAGUUGCCCUCUGCUUUGUUGUGGCAUCUCCAUUUCAUUUGCAAGAGGCUACUUUGUACAGAAACUCAUAGCUAUUGAACUGUGAGCGUUUUUUAUUUUCGUUUUAUUUUGCAUGUCUGACCAUCACAAGUAUUGGUGAUUGACAAGCUGUGCACUUUUAUUUCUUUGAUAUUUUAUUUUACAUCUCUAUAUAUGUGUUGUGCAUUUGUAAACUUACUACAUGAAAUCACUUCCUACAUUCACUUGGCACUUUAAUCAAUACCCAAUCCAUUUUUUUUUGUUCACCCCUCUGAGUGACUGUUAAGUGCACUGGGUCUAUUUCCCCCUCUGUUUGGCCGACUUUGCCUUCUAAUCUAAGACAAGUAUUUUUGAAGAGGAAAAAGUAUCUGUUGUCUAUUUAUGAUUUUAUACUUGGUCAACGCAAAAAAAAACAUUUUUAUGUAGUAUUAGGAAAAGUUUGAAAGUUCCCCAAUAUUAACAAAAUGCAUUUAAGAAGGCAGGUUACCUUUCUGCAUCUCAGUUCAACAUAGUAGACCAUUGUACCUUUUAUGAAGUUUCAUCUGUGGAUCAUAGUGUAUCGUUUCAGUGAACCUAACCAAUCCAGAACAUUUCUGGUCCAGAAAGGAGAGCAUGCAGACAAGACAAAGUCAUCAGUGUAACCCAUAACCUGUUCAGUAUCUAAUGUAUGCACCGUCAACAUGUAUAUAAAUGCAACACUUACACAUUUCUAUAUUUUAAAAAGUAAGAGUAGAUCAUAAAAUAUCAGGAGUAUGUAAAAAAAAAAAAAAAAAAAAAAAAAAAAAAAAAAUAUAUAUAUAUAUAUAUAUAUAUAUAUAUAUAUAUUAAAUGAACAAUAUGGAACUGUAUGUUUUUACAUUUUAAAAUGCUUUAAGUGGACACUAUACUGUCCCUCGUUCAGGUUUUUUUUCAUACUUUCCUCAAACUCAUGGUUUAAACACACAGAUCUGUGUUCAUUACCAAGUGUGCUCACACUUCUAGCCAAGUCAUAAAAGAAUCCCUGUUUCAAAUGUACAUGCAGUUUUGCUUUUCAGCCUCUGUACACUGAACCUUGUUGAAGCUUUGUGAAAAAAUAUCCUCUUAUGUCUUUUUGUAGUAUUCGCAGUAGAACUAUUCGUUUCUAGAUUAUAUUCUUUUAUUUUGUGUUUUGUGUUUGAUGUUUAAGUACUGUAAAAGUUGUCUUCACAUGCUCAAGGUCUGUUUGCGGCAGUGUGUUGUAGUUUUGUGGUUUCUUUGCAGUGGUUGCUUCAUCCAAUCAGUUCCUAGAUUUCCAAAUAUCUGACUUGGCCAGUUUUCUUUGCAUUCAAAAAUAUUUUACUUAUUUUUAAGUGUGCCAGUAGGUUUUUAAGCAUCUUUAACCUAUUUAAAAAAGUGUUUUUUUGGGGGGGGGGUUUUUUAAGAUGAGCCCUACUCAUAAUUAGUUUGUAUCAUUCAUUUGCCAAAAUGCCCAGUUCAUAGGGCCAGAAAAAGGAAUAGUGCAGAAAGUUUGUUUGUAUACUAUACAUGCAUACUUUCUCUAUAAUUGACAAGCCAUUGAAAAAAGCCAAAGUUUGUUGUUUGUAUUUUUUUAAAUUGAAGUUAUGCUUGGUCUGCUACUGUUAUGUCUUCAAUAUAAAGAUGCUCUUGUUAAAUUGUUAGUUUGCCACAGAGACUACCUAGUGUCUUUGUUGACCAACGGUAAGAAUUUUCUUUGGUAUUUUAGGACAAGCAUAUUUAUAAAUGAAGCAGUUAUGUACCUUGAUGUAUAAUCUCUCCCAGGGCCAACCAUUUACAUGAGACUCUAUAUGUCUUCAGCCUUUAACACUGAAAACCCUUAUUUAUAAUGGGUGAACUUUUUCUGCAUGGUACUGAAUAUUAAAAUACCCACAAGUCUCAAUGUGAUGUCCUGCUUUUUUGCAGUUAUCAAGCUUAGAGUAUAUCUGAACUCUCUGCUAGUGCAUUACUAAAACUUUUGCAACUGGAAAUAUAAUUUUUGCUGAAGUGGUUUUGUAUAAUUUUUUUCCUUUAUGUAAAAAAAAAAAAUUGUUAGUGCUAAAGAGACAACUUGAUAAUGCAACCUAGUGGAACUAAAAUUAAUACAUAUUUUAAAACUUUCAAAUACUCUACAGUAUGUGCAUUUAAUGAUUGUGAACUGUCUUGGUGGUUCAUAUCUAUACAAAGGCAGCUAAUUUCUAUUUUUUCAAUGUAUGAUAAUUCAGAUGUUGCACAUACAUUUGACUGAAAAGUCCAGACAUUAGUCCAAUUUUUUGGAACAAGACAACUCUACUCACCAAAUAUGCAAACCUUGCUUUCAGGAACAUAGCUCUGCAGCUUUGUGGUUUGGUUUAUCUGACCCUUUAAAACAAAAGGAAAAUAUGUUCCUAUUACUAUGUUUUCUAUGAAAAAUAGAAAACAAAAUGAUUUAAAAAAAAAAAAGAAUAUAAAACAUUGUGGGCUUUAUAAGUGUGCUACUUAUUUAAAACAAAGUGUUAUCAAGCUUAAAUGACAUUGUCCUUACUGUAUUUUUCUGUGUGGAAGCUUAAGUCUUUGUACCUUUGCAUUAAUAUUUGUUUAUUGAAUUGAAUAAAAAUGAUAAAAAGCA